AUUACUUAGUUAAAUAUGUUAAAAUUAGUACAAUAUGUAGCGCGAAAAUCGUGCGAAGCUGCGACGCUACCGACAUGCAGCUGGCGCAACUUAUUGAUUUCACCAAACAGCAUGGAAAAAUGUAUAACGCAACGUCGCCAUUUUCUUUUUUGCUCGACCAACAGAACAACCAGCAGCAGUCUUGCUUCCAUCUGCAGAGAACAACCACAACAGUUCCAAGGGAGCCGGUCUAGCCAGGAGUCAGCAGUACCCACAUAUAGAGUAUUAUUCAGUUGCUCCCAGCAGACACAGCGUGCGUUUCAUUUGUCGUCAACUCGAUUCGAAACAUCCAGAUUAGUCGACGAAGCACUCCCAGCAGACAGGCAAACUACUACUAAUUUGUCCAAACGUACGAGGAAAUCGCUUUUUAUUGACCCAGACGAGCAAUCAGAGGAAAUCAAAAUUGAAGGAAUAAUGGCACCGCACGACCGUGAUUUUGGAUCCGGACCACGUGGCGGCCGCGACCGCGAUGAUGAUCGUCGCGGUGGCGGCGGCGGCGGUGGUGGACGUUUUGGCGGCGGCGGCGACUAUCACGGCGUACGCAAUGGACGCAUUGAGAAGCGUCGUGAUGAUCGCGGCGGUGGUGGCGGCGGCGGCGGUGGGCGUUUUGGCGGCGGCGGUGGUGGAGGCGGCGGCUUCGGCGGUGAUCGUCGCGGUGGCGGCAGCCAGGAUUUACCCAUGCGCCCAGUGGACUUCUCCAAUUUGACGCCGUUCAAGAAGAACUUCUAUCAGGAGCAUCCCACGGUGGCCGCUCGCACGCCCUACGAGGUGCAGCGCUAUCGCGACGAGCACGAGAUCACAGUGCGCGGCCAGGCGGCCAAUCCCAUACAGGACUUUGCCGAGGCCUAUCUGCCCGACUAUGUGGUGAAGGAGAUUCGCCGCCAGGGCUACAAGUCGCCCACACCAAUCCAGGCGCAGGGCUGGCCAAUUGCCAUGAGUGGCGCUAACUUUGUGGGCAUUGCCAAGACGGGCUCGGGCAAGACGCUCGGCUAUAUACUGCCCGCCAUUGUGCACAUCAACAACCAGCAGCCGCUGCAGCGCGGCGAGGGUCCCAUUGCACUGGUGCUGGCGCCGACGCGCGAGCUGGCCCAGCAGAUACAGCAGGUGGCCACCGAGUUCGGUUCGUCCUCGUAUGUGCGCAACACGUGCGUCUUUGGCGGCGCACCGAAGGGCGGUCAGAUGCGCGAUCUGCAGCGUGGCUGUGAGAUUGUGAUCGCCACGCCCGGCCGUCUCAUUGAUUUCCUCUCGGCGGGCUCGACCAAUCUGAAGCGCUGCACCUAUCUGGUGCUGGAUGAGGCCGAUCGCAUGUUGGACAUGGGCUUCGAGCCGCAGAUACGCAAGAUUGUCUCACAGAUACGUCCCGAUCGCCAGACGCUCAUGUGGAGCGCCACCUGGCCCAAAGAGGUUAAACAGCUGGCCGAGGAUUUUCUCGGCAAUUACAUACAGAUCAACAUUGGCUCCCUCGAGCUCUCGGCCAAUCACAAUAUUCGCCAAGUCGUCGAUGUCUGCGACGAAUUCAGCAAGGAGGACAAACUCAAGAGCCUGCUCUCCGACAUCUACGAUACCAGCGAGAAUCCCGGCAAGAUCAUCAUCUUUGUGGAGACCAAGCGUCGCGUGGAUAAUCUGGUACGAUUCAUACGCAGCUUCGGCGUGCGCUGCGGCGCAAUUCAUGGCGACAAAUCCCAGUCAGAGCGCGACUUUGUUCUGCGCGAGUUCCGCUCCGGCAAGUCCAACAUUCUGGUGGCCACCGAUGUGGCGGCCCGUGGCUUGGACGUCGAUGGCAUCAAGUAUGUCAUCAACUUUGACUAUCCACAAAACAGCGAGGACUACAUUCAUCGCAUUGGACGUACAGGACGUUCGAAUACCAAGGGCACAUCCUUUGCCUUCUUCACGAAAAACAAUGCCAAGCAGGCCAAGUCGCUUGUCGAUGUGCUCAGAGAGGCUAAUCAAGAAAUCAACCCCGCGCUGGAGAAUCUGGCACGCAACUCGCGCUACGACGGCGGCGGCGGACGCUCCCGGUAUGGAGGCGGCGGCGGUGGUGGCGGUCGCUUCGGCGGCGGCGGCGGAUUCAAGAAGGGCAGCCUCAGCAAUGGACGCGGCUUUGGCGGUGGUGGCGGCGGCGGCGGCGAUGGUGGUGGCUUUGGCAACCGGAACGGCGGCGACGGAGGCGGAGGAGGCCGACACACGCGCUUCGAUUAAGCUAAACAGAGGAAACUAACUAACUUUAGUAUCAGUUGAUUUGAUUAGCAAAUGAGAAGCAGCGCCUAGAACUUAAGAUUAAUUUAAGUAAUAGCUACAAAUUAAGUUUUCGUACAACCAACUACUCGUAUCAUCUGUUUGUCGCGGGCAGCAAAUAACCCACAACAAGAGGGGUUAGAUGUGAGCCGAAGCAAACUUCUCUUCAACAUAGCAUUUUAUGUUAGCAACACUUGUAAAUUAUUUUGACGCUUGCUCCACGCCCCCACUCACUCCCCUUCAACAACAAAACAAACACAACACUAUUUACGAAAUUGCAAACACAAUAUUAUAAUAUCAUGUGAUAACUUUUAAUUUAAUACAAUAUAUCACUUUAAACAAAAAACUUAAACGAAGCGUGUGUAAGGCAAAGGAUCAUUCCCGUCGUUCCCUUCUUUUGAUGAUGACAAGGAGCAGAGGGCUCGGCUCCUCGAUUCAUCAAUUAACUUUUGGAUACCUUUUACGGCACAAAGAAUUAAGCGACAAAAAAAUAUAAUACAAAUGAAAAAUUAUGCAAUUGUAUGUACAAGGAGAGAAAUUCUCACAAUUAAAAAUGUUUUAUUUUUUCUUUUGGAAAAUAAAUGUGUGAACCUACUUACAACAGCCAAAAGCAACAGAAA